GACCUGCAAUAGUAGUGAAAUACCAAAGCAUUCAAUUGCAUGUCACCUCCGUAGCCAUCAUCACAGCCUGUAUUUCUCGGGAUAAGCCAGUUUCUUACAGCUGGGGGUGGCUGUGGGAUGCUGCUGCUUGUUUGCCAGCCUGUAGGCUGGAAGGGGCUGGAGUCUGUCUGUUGCAGUCUGGAGGGGCUCUUCCCAAGGUGCUGCUUCCCAGGUUGGGUUUGCUCGCUGAUGUGUGCUUUGUUCUCUCUACUUUGUUCCACACAUGGUGCUAACCCAUGGGGAGAGGCUGGGGUCUGGCUGUUCCUGUCCUGUGGGGCUCUGUGCAUGGUGCUGCUUCCUAGACUGUGUUUGCUCGCUGAUUGCAAAAGUCUUCUGCUAAUCUGGUUUGUUUUGGUUUUCUUUACAGUGUUUUUGACAAGUAUAAAUUUUUUUUUUCUUUUCUUUUUGGGACAAAGUCUCACUGUGCAGUUUAGCCUGGCCUUGAACUCACUUUGUAGCCCAGACUGGCCUUGAAUUCGCAGUGGUCCUCCCCUCAGUUUCCCUUUGAGUGCUGGGAUUGCAAGUGUGUACUACCAUGCCUGGCCGUUGACCUUCUUUGUUAAAGGAGAACUUCAGUCAUUCCACCCUUCCUUGGGUUUAAACAUUUUUUUUCUUUUUCAGUGCUGGAGGUUUAACCCAGGAUUGCUUUACCGGUGACCUACAUCCCCACCCUUUUAGAUUUUUUUUUUUCAUAUAGGAUCUUAGUUGCUGAGUCGGCCUUGAACUUUCUACCUUUCUGUCUUAGCCUCUUGAAAACAUAACGGUGGCAGUCGCUCUUCUAAGACUUUUAAACCAAAGAAGAACAUCCCGGAGGGUUCUCACCAGUAUGAGCUCUUAAAACAUGCGGAAGCCACUCUUGGCAGUGGCAACCUCAGGAUGGCUGUCAUGCUUCCUGAGGGAGAAGAUCUAAAUGAGUGGGUUGCAGUGAACACUGUGGAUUUCUUCAACCAGAUCAACAUGCUUUAUGGAACCAUCACAGACUUCUGUACAGAAGAGAGUUGUCCAGUCAUGUCAGCUGGGCCAAAAUACGAGUAUCAUUGGGCAGAUGGAACAAACAUAAAGAAACCUAUUAAGUGCUCUGCACCAAAGUAUAUUGAUUAUCUGAUGACGUGGGUCCAAGAUCAGUUGGAUGAUGAGACAUUAUUUCCAUCAAAAAUUGGUGUUCCAUUCCCAAAAAACUUCAUGUCUGUGGCAAAAACCAUCCUCAAGCGUCUCUUCAGGGUCUAUGCUCACAUUUAUCACCAGCACUUUGACCCUGUAAUCCAGCUUCAGGAGGAAGCACAUCUCAAUACAUCUUUCAAGCACUUUAUAUUUUUUGUCCAGGAGUUCAACCUUAUAGAUAGAAGAGAACUUGCACCACUCCAAGAACUGAUUGAAAAACUCACCUCAAAGGACAGAUAAAAGAACACAGAGCUGUGCAAACUGUUCCUCAAACGAAGCUGUGUGGAGUGUAUUUGGGGUUUUUGUCAUAUUUUAUCUGUUUUGUCUUGGGUUUGGGUGGCUUGCUUAAGUUCCCUUUUUUUAAUUUUGAAUAUUUGAAAACAUGCUCUAUUGAUAGAAGAAGCCAAGAACCAUUCUCUCCAUUGAAAGGGGAUACAUUUUGUCUAGUGGCAUACAGUAUUUUUUUUAAAAAUGAUUUUGGUUACUUGACCAGUUUUAAUAAGACCAUGUGCUGGAAGAAAAAGUUUGCUGAUGGAUGGGAUUCUGUGUUGUAUAAAUUGUGACACAUGGUGAAGUCCCCAGGAGACUUAUGUUUUUAAGUGCCUUGGCGGGUUCACUUCUGAGAUGCAAAGCACAGAAAAACUGAACAAGGCUUGAAACAAUACUAGGAUUACUAUCCAGGGCACUUACUGGUGCAUGCUUGUAAAAUAAUCUAUGAUAAAAGCCAUAGUUUACCUAAAUUGGUGUUCUCCAGCUUUUCCUACAUUGAAGAAACAUGAUUUGUAAAGGUAUGCAUGUAGAACAUAAAAAUUAGUAUUUCUUAGUUAUUUUUGAUAUCAACAGUAAUAUAUUCUGUUUAAGCAACAAAUGCUUAAAGUUCUAUACCGGGUCUUUUUCCAUCUUUUAAAAGCUGUGAUAUUUAAAUUUGAGGAUGUUAAAAUAUAGUACAUAUUGCCUUUUGGCUUCUUUCUAUGUGUUGACUGCACUGUGGUGUCUUUCUACAUGUUAACCGUGGGUGUAAAACUUCAGGUUAUAUAUAUAGAAUUGCCAUCUUCAGAGGUGAUGCUGAACUGUGAGGUUUCUUAGCAAUUGCCAAAUGAGCCAUAAGUCUGCAGAAUAACCACCUACUUUGAAAAGUAGGGGAUAGAGAGUAUGUUUGGCUGGGGAAAGGAAUUAGUUUGUAUGGGGAGUUAGGAUGGAAUUAAAUAUGGGGGAUUAGCUGGGGAUUUAGCUCAGCAGCAUAAGCUGAGCUCAUAACCUUGGCAAGCGCAAGGUUAUGAGUUUGAUCCCCGGUACCAAAAAGGGGGGGGGAUUAAGUUCUAGGAAGUUCUCUUUUAAAACUCUUCAAUAAAACUGAUGUUAAGAUUUUAAUCAAUUACUUGUAAGCAGAAUCUUACAGACUGCCUUUUAGGAAUCAACUUCCAAGUUAAGAAUGCAUUAUUGGUUUUAGGUAAAGAUAUUAAGCAUGGAUUUAAGGACCAUCUGGAAAAACUGAUCACUUUUUUAGUAUUUCCAUUCAGUGAAUGGAGCUGGUAUUUCCUGUCAUUUUAAAAUGAUGUAUAGUACCUUCUUUGCAUAUCAUAGGCUGAGUUUCAAGUAUUCUGAAUUGAGAAAUACCCAUCAGACUUCCAAUUUUAGUUUUAUUAAUUUUGGUAACUUUGUUUUCUUUAGUUAGAAAUGUGUUAGAUUCCUCCAGUUAGAAACAUGCUUGUAGAAUAGAAGUGUUUGCUCUGAUGGAUUACUAAUGCCUAGGAGAAAAGAAAAUAAGUUUGUUCUUGUCAUUAACAAGUAGAGUAGUGAUGCAGUUUGAUACUUUUACAAUCCACAUCACCAGGAACUGCCUUUUUCUCCAUUCAUUCCUAGCAAUUAAUGCAGUAAGUACCAACAGUAAAGUAACAGGAGAGCCUGACAGAGCAGAUAUAUUGAUGCUUACUGGUAAUGCUUAUUUGUAUAAUGCAGUGACAAAAACUAGCAGAUUUUCUUAAACUUUUAGAACACAGCAAAUAAUAGUGACCACUGUGGGCUGGUUCAGAAAUAAAAUUCGGUGGCACGAUUUUUGAGGAAAUGAAACAGAAUUCCUCAAUUAGUCUUCCAUAUUGAAUAAUUUCCUGUCAGUCUCUUAGCAAAGGAUUGCAGUAGCCAAAUACAGAGAGAAUAGAAGACUUAUUCUUGUUCAUUUAACCCUUAUAAAGUAGUAGUAUACUGCAGAAAUGGAAAAAUACUUCCACAAAUUAAAAUUUGGUAGGAGGAUGUACUUUCCCACUGUAUGUGGAAAGGAAUUUGUUUUUACUUUGCCAGAGUCUCACGUGCCUGUUUCUGAAUAUUCAUUUACUCAGUUACUGAGAAGCAAGGAUACACGUAUGUUUAUAUGUGCUUACAAGGAAGUUUCCCAGGGAGGCGCUUAACAUUGUACAUGGUGGUAGGUGGCUGUAGUGAGGAAAUACUCACUAGCGCAGAUGAAAAGAACUGACUUUAAAAUAAAGUUGCUUUGCUGUAGUUGUUUUCCACCUGUAAAAGUUGGGAAGAUACUCUUUGCAAAAUAAGGAUCAAAGCUUGAUGUUAGAGGAGAGUGUGCUUAUAAAUGUCUAUUUAGAUUCUUUUCAGAUCUCUACUUAAUUUAUAAAUAACCAAGUAAAUUAUUUCCUCCCUUUCUUUAUACAGAGUUACAAAGCAGAGAUUUUUCUCGUCCUUUUUGAUUUCAGGAUCUCAUGAAAUAUAAAGUAGUGAGUUGACAAGGUGUCAUUAUUUUUUUGACAAGGUAUUAUUGGCACUCCUAAUAACUUUGGUUAAAUGUUGAUGUGAUACAAGUUUGAAGAAUUAUUUUAAGUGGUGGUGGUGGUGGUUGUGGUGGUGGAAAAAAAUUAAUUCCAGAAAGAGCAAAAUUUUUAAAAUUAGCUACAAUAGAUGAUGCUCCUGGCUUUCAAUUGCUGGCCUCCAUUUCCCAUAAAGCUGUGUAGGCCACGUUAAAACAGUUAUGUGUGUAUUAUUUAGCUGAUGGCUUUGGAGGAUAACUUAGAUGAAAAUGUACCGCUCUCUACUUUCUCUGUUAGUCAUUUGUAAAUUCUGAAUGAUCAGCAUAAAAUGUAUGAGGUAGAAAAAGAUACCGUUAGGGCAAAAUACAUUUCAGACUGUGUUACUGCUUGGCUUAUCAGGAUAGAUGAAGCACUAACAUCUUUCACUAGGAAAUGAGAUGAUAUGGGUAUUUAUAUUUUACAUACGUAAACUCCAGACUCCAUUUUAUGUAUUAACAUUUUCCCUGCACCUGGGAAAAUGGAAAAAAUGACAGAUUUCUCUGACAGCUUUUCUACACCCUCUCUGAGAGAGGUUUUGAUAACCACUAAAAUGGUAGACUAUGUGAGAUGGAAGUAUUAGGUCGUAGAACUUUCUUUUAAGGUGGGUAUGUCAUGCCUUAACAUCCAAAUCAGUUGGUCUUCAGUGGUUUCCUUGGAAAGGACCACUUAUUACAGCUGUCCUGUGAAACUUAAUGCUUUCAGCACUCUUUUAGAGAUGCCAUGAGAAUCAGUUUGUGACUAUGCAAGAAAAUCAUUUCAUCACUUUUGUUGCACAAAAACUUUUGGCAGCUUAAUAUGACUUACUGUAAUCACCAAAUCAAGUCUAGUAACUUGGUUAUUUUCUGAGAAGCAAGCCACUAGGCAAAAAGAAUGUGUCAUAGACUAAAUCUGCUGAAGAGAAUGUUUUAAGCAUUAUUUGCAUCAUUGGUUUCCUGGUGUCACUAUUUUAAACUAUACAGUAUCAUUUGGAUGUGUAGGCUUACGGUCUUUAAAAAAAACUCUGUCUUAUAGUAAAAUGUAUCUUUCAAAAACCCGUUUUAUUUUCUGGAACUUGUUGUCCAGUUUUUAAUCCUCUUUCCUGAAGACUUUUACGUUCUGUCUGUGACUACUGUCAGAUAGUUCAGUGUUAGAGAAUAUGGAAAAAUUGACUCAGUAUUUAAAAUAGAAUAGUUUUAAGGAAACAAAGUUUUUACCUCCAUUUUUUAAAAACAUGCUUUUUCUCAAAUGAACAAUAUAACUUUAAAAGAUGGGAUUAUUGCACAAGAAAAUUGGGAUAAAUUUUAUGUACGAAUUAUGCUGUUUUAAACCUCAGUAUCUCAAAAUACUGAGAAUUUUAUAACUUUCAUACAUCAUUUAUAAUGUUAAAUUUUGAUUGUUUUUUCAGAAAGAUGAGUGCUAAAAGUUAUUUGUGAUUUGGAAAUGUGACUAUAUAUUUUGAAAACUUCUCUUAUUUUAAAACUUAGUGGGGUUUUAAAACAAUAUACCAGUUCUUACAAACAGAUGUAUACUUUGAGGACCCCCCAAAAUAAAUUUAAAUUUGUCCUAAUGUUAAAAUUUACCAUGAGAGUCACUUUUGUUGGCUAUCAUCUUGUAUAUGAUAUAACAGAGUUAGCUCUUUCAAGAUUUAGUGGAAAAGUUUAAUUAGAACAUGUAACAAUUUUCGCUGCAGAUGAUUUGAAUUUUGCAGGUUUUCAUAAUAAGUUAAGGAGAAUAGUGAAAUACCCUCCCAGGCUGCCUCUGAAAGCUGGAUUAUUGACAUUUUGGCAGAAGAAAAAAAGUGCAGAUUAGAAUAUUGAGUACUCUGUUUUAUAAGUGUAAAGCAAGUUUCUCUUUUUGCUUAAUUUCUAUUCUGAAUAUUAGUAAAAUAACUGACCUUUUCCCAGCUGUUUUCUUAACCUUCGUCUCCCUUUUGAGGUACUCAUGUGAGCGCUCACAUGUGUGCGUGCACACACAUGGAAACAACCAUUUAGGUUGAUUUUGCAAGUCUUCCUUUUUAGGGAUUCUGAAGUACUUAUUAUAAAGUCAGUUUGUUAUGGUUGAUAACUUUCUUUAAAUUUGUCACAGAAACAGUAUUAGUGAUACAAACUUUUAUUUCUCUUUUUAUAUAUUAUUUUAUAUCAUUAAAUUCUUAUAGGUAGAUGAUUCUUACAGUUUUGCACAAGUUUAAUUUUUGUUUCUGAAAUAGUAUUUGUGCACAUUGUGAAAUAGAUUAGUACAUUUUCAUUUAAGAACUUUUGUCCUUAAGUUGGUCUGCAGAAAUAACUAUUUUUAGGAAAAUAAUUUUUUAACAGUCUUCACUAAAUUGUAUUUGUUAUUUUUGUACAUGCAUAACCAGGGUGGUAAAGACACUAAUCUUUUAGGAAAUUCUUACUUUGUUCUCUCUGAAUUUUUCCUAUACUUUUGUUACUUAAAAUUAUCACUAAAAGCAGUCUCAUGAAAUCUAGACUGAGAGAGAAUACACUAAAUAUGAGAAAACUUACAUUUUGAAUAGGAAUUAUUUCUGAAGACAAAAGCAGAGGUGUAGCGCUGGUGCCCCGUACUGGCAGCGUAGGGCAGCAUUCACAUUGUGCUGGUGUGUCAGGUAGCGCACAAACAGGAAGAUCCUGUUCUCACGGAGAGCGUUCAUAGCUGGACCCUGGACAUGGUGGUGCAUGCCUGUAAUUACAGGUGCUAGGAGACUGACAGGAAGAUUGCAAGUCUGAGUCAAGCUUGUACUGUUUAGUGAGACACUGUCGCAAAGAAGUGUGCGGCUGUAGCGUGGUGGUAGAGCACGUGUCGUACAUGCGUGAUUCCCGGGUGAAUCCCCAGCACCACCAGCAACAGUACAUGGCUGGAAGGGAGGAAAGUAGUCUGAAAUAUGAAAUGCAACUUGGAAGCUCUGUCUUAAGCUGUGCCAAGAUGGCACACAUUGUAGUAGUUAUUGAUUAAAGUUUAAUUGCUUCAUUUUUAUUUUAAAAGGGGAUCUGAGUGUCAAAUAUGUAAUGUUUUAUUUGAAAGUUGUAAAUAAUGUAUACAGACUUGUGAUGGGGUGGGAAGUAUCUAAAAUUCUAGAUUUCUUAAAAAACAAUGUUUAUAAGAAAAAAAUGAAUAAAGUUACAGUUGGCCCUGAA